AUUAAACGUACAAUGAUACAAAUCAUACACAUAAUUAACAAAGCAGCAGGCUAGAAAUUGUGAAGAUAGCUUGAGAGGAAAUAUGUAUGUGACAAGACCUCUUUCUCUGUACAAAAAGUCUCCUUCCGCGCUCUCAUUGCCACCCCCUGAAGGUCCAAAUUCCGGUAUUUUGGUCAUCCUAGAUGAAGAAGCCGAGGCUACUUGUUGUUUCGGAUUGUGCAAGAGUCAUGAGCUCAGGGACCUGCCUUUCCCUCAGAACAAAAAGCUCACGCUUCGGUACUCAACAGGCGCUGGCGAGAACCAACAUGUUUCUCAUUUUUACGCUGCCUUCAUUCCAGUUCUUAAUCAGCCACUAUCUUCCAAUCGGUGCUAUGCAAUAAAGACGCGAGGGGGCCAUAAAGGGGAAGCGUAUGCAAAUUCCAAGGAGGAGGACAAGGGAAGCUGCUUCUGCUUCAGCUAUGUUCGUGAUGUGCCACCAAAACCUUUGGAUCCCAAGAACGUAGACCAGCAAUUUGAGAUAUUUCGAAAGCGUGGCGGUUUUGUCGCCAAACCCUUAUCUCCAGAUGGGUUCCCUCCAAAGUUCCUCGGAAGAAAAGGGUGGACAGUGCAAACCUCGACUCCCCGCGAUUUCCAGUUAGGUGACGACGCACUAGGCGUAGACGCUGCCCUCCGCGGUCGCCUUCCAGACUUCAACUUCCCGCUAUCACACAAGAGUUCUCAACCGGUGGUUGUAGGAAAGUGGUAUUCUCCUUUCAUCUUCAUUAGGGAAGGAACAUUGAAAGAUCAAAUAAGGAUAUCAAUGUAUUACCAGAUCACGCUCGAACAAAGAUGGGAACGGGUGUUCGCAUGCGAACAUGAUAAUGACAGCCAUGACAAUGCUGUGGCCGUGGAUGCUGUCGUUCAAAGAGAAGUUGUCUCGGUUGCUGGAAGGGAAGCUGCGGAUGUAAAUGUGGUUGAUGGGGUGAUGUGGUUUAGGAGCUUCAGCGAAGGGGGAGGAGAAAUAAGUGCGGGGUUGAGCUUACUAGUCGUUGAGAGAAUGAAGUGGGAGCAGGAAAGGGUUGGAUGGGUUGGGGGGGAAGAGAAGCAGGUGACACUGAACAGAGUAGAGGAGUUUGGAGGGAAGGGGGGAUGGAGGAAAUUUGGUUUUUAUGUUUUGGUUGAGAGGUUUGCAGUGAAACGAAUGGAUGGGAGCCUGGUAUUAACCUAUGAUUUCAACCACAUUAAUCAGACUAGGAAAAAUUGGGAGUGAAAGUUCUUCUUGUCUUCUAAAACCCUGUAAAAUUCUAGCUGUUGGUGUGUUCUUGUAUGUGCGGUACAAAAGUUGCCUACUUUUCAUUCUGUAUUUGGUUAUUGUGUUAUUUGCCUAAUAAGAGUUUGGUUUUUUUUUU